UAAACUUGGUGGGGAACUCUCUAUAUAUUUUUUCGAGGAGCUCAUGCAUUCCAUCAGUUGCUUCGUGACGACAAGACUCGACGGUAGUUUUUACAUAUAGUUCGAGAUGUAUACCAUUGGUGCGGAAGUUAAGACCAAACGUGCAAAUUAUUACUUGCCUAUUGAACAGGCUUCACAAUGCAAGAAAAUAAAGUGUGAAAGCGUUUCUACUGAAAAACCACGUAUUCCUGCUCGUAUCUUAGGGAGGAGAUACAUGCUGACAACUACAUCAUAUAAAUUCUUAGAAAUUGGAAUCAGUGUAGGACCUGCAUCCUACGUGGAACUUGUUCUUGGCGAUAAUCGAGGCAAUCAUUUGAUAUUACCACAUGAAAUCUGGAAAGAAAUUAUACAUAGACGUGCGCACAUCGAGCGAUAUGUGGUGUCACCUAAUUCAUCGCCAUUAUGGAUUCGGGAUUUGUCGGUGGAAUGUCGCAUGAUGCACGGUGAUACCAUCAUAAAGCUUACAUUAUUCAACAAGUCGUUGUAUUUAAAACCGGAAACAUUAAAUAACUUAUUCAAUUUUGUGCAGUGUAUUGAUCAUAUGUAUUCAUGGUUAUAUGAAAAUACGCAUAUUGUUAAUGCUAAGUUCCAAAAAUUUGUAUGCAUUUUGCAACAAAAUGAUAUUAUUCGUAAAUGGUACGAGUCCAAAACUACUGACUGGUCUUACGCAGCUAAAGUAAUACGUGAAAGUGACGAUUUCGACAGCGAGUCUCUCGUUGACUGUGAGCUAUUGGCGUGCGCCUUGAAACACCUUGUACAUUAUGUUCUGAAUAAUUAA